ACGAAUUUGGGUGAGACGAUUUGUCGUCUUAUCUACGUUCGAACGAGAGAGCCCACUGAAUUGCCGGAGAGCGAAUUGCCGCCGCAUACCGGGGAAAAAUCCGACGGCACCGAAUAGUUCGCAAGCUCCCGAUUAGCGAACUCACUUUCUUCUUCUUCUUCAUCGACUCGUCCUCCAUGAACGUUCCGUACAAUUCUUUUCGAACAGUCACCUAUCCUCUUCCGUCCCCCAUUCAUGUUCCUAAAUCCCUAGUGGCCCCGAAAUUUACCUCACUUUCAGCCGCCCUAAAUUCAGGCAAAGUUGGAUGCUGGAAAAUCGUCCUUAAGCCAGUGAGGAAGACGUUUUUUAUUGUUAGAGCUUCCAAGAGUGAUGAUGCUGGAACUGAGAAGUGGCUGAAAUGGCUGCCGAAGGGAGCUUUAGCCGCCGAUAAAGUCUUGCGCGGCAUUGCCGGUGCAACCGCCAGCCCUAUCAGCCAGUUCAUCUCGUCGCCGGUCACGUUUCUUCACUCUGUAGACUCGCGAAUCAAAUUGAUAUGGCUUUUGGCUCUUGUUGUCUUACCAGCGAGAUCAAACAUCACAAUCCGUUUUGGAUUAGUGAUUUUCUUGGCUUUCCUAUCCAUAUGGACUCUUCCAACCGAAUUAUGGAAGGAUCAAUUGGGAAGAGUUUCUCUACUCUCAGGAAUUUUGUUCAUCAUGUUGGGGCUGGGUGCAGAUGGAGUGCCAUCCCUCCUCCAAUCAAGAACUCCUCCACCUGGAAUGAUGGGAUUGCCUGAUCUUCCUGCAUCUCCGGGAGGUUACUCUUAUUUAAUUGCAAAACUUGGCCCUUUAACUUUUACGAGGAAGGGCUUGUCAAUAGCAAGUACAUCAGCAUGUUUAACUUUUGUUGUCUUCCAAAGUGCAAGUCUCUGCCUCACAACCACAGCCCCCGAGCAACUUGCAUUCGCCAUUCGAUGGUUUAUGCUUCCUUUGGUGUAUUUCGGCGUUCCAGUUGCUGAAAUCACCCUUACACUUUUACUUUCUUUGAGAUUUGUCAGUCUGGUGUUUGAUGAGGUUCGAAAUGUUGCGUUAGGGGUUGUAUCCCGCAGGAUAAACUGGGAACUAUUGACCACAAUGGAGUCGGUUGACGUUUUCUUUACUUAUCUCCGUCGCAUUUUCAAAAAUAUUUUUAGCCAUGCAGAGCAGAUUUCUCAG